CGGCUAAGAAAAAGGCGCAGCGUGCGAUGAACUCCAGAUGUCAACGCAUCGGAAGAAAACAUCCACCCACCCACAACGGGAUGACUCACGGUUUGUAAAGCGGUCGAAUAAGCGAGCGCCGGUGCGGACGGGGAGAUCGUGCGUGGGGUGAUCAGACUCGUUUGUGGUACUUAAGGCUCCGUGGUUUGUUUAUGGGGGAGAGAAGAAGAAGGAGACGAAGAAGAAGAGGCAGCAGCGGGACUCGAGCCGACACACGGACUGACAGUUGCUGCAGGAGGCGCCGGUGCCAGACAUGGACAGCGCGCGGGCCACCUCUCCACGCUGGUGCGCAUCUUCAUAAAGUCCCACACCUCCCGACGCCAGGUCUGUCCCGAGUCUGAGCUGCUGACGAGGAGGUGGAGGGACGCACCGCCGCUUCCUCCAAAACAACAACUCGUCCACAGAGAAGAAGUGGAGACAAGAGAACUUUUGUCUUUUUUUUUUUUUCUUCAAACGUCCACGAAGAGGAGAACAUGCGUCAGGAGGUCGCGAGGAGACUCCAGCUGCUGCUCCUGCUCUGGUCGGUGCUUCUGCUCACUUUGAGCUCGGGCUUCCCCACCAGACACAAGAGUGUCGCCCACAAGGGUCACGGCCACCCUGUUCACAACGGUGGGGUCCAGUAUGUCCCUGAGACUUUGGAGCAACAGAACCAGGUGCAGAGUCUGCUGCCCGAACCACACAGCCACCAGAGGAGGUGGUCGCACCCGCAGCACCGCUCUGUUGGGGUUCUCCCACAGCCAGAGCCUGAGGAGGAGACCAAACCCUUCAUCCUGGAUCUCCAGAACUUUCCAGACCUGGCCAACGCCGACAUCAACUCACAGAACCCCAACAUACAGGUGACCAUUGAGGUUGUGGACGACCCUCAGAUGGAGGUAGAGAUGGACCUGGCCAACGACAAAGACUGGCUGCCCUCGUCUUCCUCCUCCCCCUCUUCCACAGUAGAUUGGCUUGGCGGCAAGAAGCUUUUCUGGCCUCUUUUCUGGAGUUACACCGACGCCGAUUCUGGCGAGGACAGCAACAGCCGAUCGGGGAUGGAGGAAACUGGUGAGGAAGAGGAGGAGGAAGACUAUUCGCUGGAUUAUGGCAGCGAGGAACCCUUACCCAGCGGAGUGGGUGGAGACUGGGACACUCGUUGGAACGAAGGCUGGGAUCCAAUGCAGAGUUACUAUGAGAAGGAGACGGAUGAGUGGACCUCCUGGUCUCCCUGUUCGGUGACGUGUGGAUACGGUGAGAGGAAAAGGACGAAGUCUUGUGGUUACUCCUGCACUCUGACAGAAGCCUCUAGGUGUGACCUGGAGCCCUGCCCCGGUGAUGUCAACACUGUGGUAGAACCUUUUCCUUUCGAGAUGGAGAAUGGCACGGAGCCAUUUGGAACAGAUGUGGACAGCUGUGAGAAGUGGCUCAACUGUAAGAGUGAGUUCCUGCAGAGGUACCUCCACCAGGUUCUGUCUGAGCUGCCCAGCUGUCCCUGCUCCUACCCCUCUGAAGUGGCGUACACUGUUGUCAGUGUCUAUGACGAGACUCAUGGCCGGCAGUUCCGCUGGCGUGAUGCCAGUGGCUCUAAGGAGCGCCUGGACAUCUACAAGCCGUCAGCACGCAGCUGCAUCCGCUCAGCACUUUCUGGUGACUUGUCUACUCUCGCAGCACAGCACUGUUGUUAUGACGAGCGUGGGCGGUUGAUCACGCGGGGUAAAGGCGCAGGCACGCCUAACCUGAUCAGCACUGAGUUCUCACCUGAGCUACACUUCAAAGUGGACGUGCUGCCGUGGAUCCUGUGCAAGGGAGAUUGGAGUCGCUUCCAUGCGGUGCGUCCGCCCAACAAUGGGCUGAGCUGCCCAGCAAACCCCCACGAAGACGUGUUCAUGAAUGAACUAGAAGAGGCCAGGGAGUACUGAGGGACCACAGCCAAAAGUACAACUUCACUCAGAGAGUCAGAGGGCCCAAUCCUAAUUUGAACGGAGGCUGUCUACCUUAAAAGUCACGAAAUAUUACAUCUAAACCAUGCAUCGGCCAUUAAUCAUGCAUUGAUGACUCAGAGGAAAUGCACGUUUGUGAUUGGCAGAUGUGUGGGGUUUAGAAACGAUGAAGUGAAGUGUGGCUGUCUCAAGUUAGGAUUUGGCACCGUGUCCUGACAACAGGCUCAACUGAACUGAACUGAAUUACAUGAAUGGAAAAAAAUGCAGUGUUCUCCCAUUGCUUGCCAACCAUUUACACAUCUGGCAUGACAUCAAGCUCUGUCUCUUUUUAUUCACUACACUCUCCUGGGUGUGUGUGAGCAUGAUGUCUACCUACUGGCUUUUUUGACGGUGUCCUGGAGCGCUUGUGAUUGACCAUAGCAACAUAUGGUUAACAUCCUGAUCAUGCUUCGUGGAGGUUUUACCUUAGGAAAUGUAUGACUCCAUUCACACCUGGCAGUAAGAGUCUCACGACCAGAUUCAAUCUAGAUACCAUUUGAAUGUGAUGACAUUUACACCUGGUAUUAAUGUGUGACUCCAGUCACCGAUGCUACAUUCACACCACUACCCUUUUGUUUGAAGAUGCAUCGACUCAGCUGUGUUUGAGUUUGGACGAGUGAAACAAAGUUGUUCAGAAAGAAACACGCAACAUGGAUAAUCAAUUACAAGCGUUGCUGACCCUGUUGUCUUUGCUAACAGCUGUUGUGCAGUUAAAAUCUGAGACAAGCUACUUUUUGAGUAAUCUGCAUCAAUCCCUGUGUCCAGUGGGACACACAGACACGUAUAAAAACAUAGUAGUAUGGAUGUGGCCUGAGAUCUGAUUGAGCUUUAAUGACUCCAUCCAACUCACAUUACAUCCACUACACAUUUUCCCAAAAAACAAUAAGCAAAAACAGAGGAGAAGAAGAUGGUAGUCAUUCCUGAAGCUGCGUUAUUGUUUGUUUCCUUUUCGAAGCGGGGGGGAAGCCAUCUUGAACUGAUCUCUUAUUUACUCCAUUCACAAGUGUGUUGAAUGAAGUCCAUUGCUAAGGACUGAGGAGAGGAAGGACUGAUUCAUGUGUUUAAUGGCUAAUAGCUUGGAGCUGCCUAGCUGCUACCUCGCUGUUCUGGAACUGUCACAUGCGAUUAUGUAUUUCCAUCCAAGUUUUUGUGAGUUGAGGACAGACUUGCAUUACGUUCACCCAAACACAUUUUAACACCAGGUGUAAAUGAAAACAUGAACGUGGGCUGUGUUAAUGCAACAAACACAAGCAUAGCCCAACAGAUUCUUCAAGUUUGGAAAGAAUGAAGGGUGUCGGACAUAAGAAGACCCAAAACUGCCACAUGGAUUCACAUUAAUGUACAUUUUUGAUGAAAUAAUGAAAGAAUUUGAGAUGUGAACCUGAGAGAUAAAUGAUUAAUUAAUCAUUUUAAGUGUUCAAUUGCUUUAUUGAGCUUGUUUGUGAGAAUUGUGAGAAGAGCCUUUAGUAAAACACAGCACAUUUGAUUUCAAAUGUUUUGUCACAUAGAUUGAAGUUGUGCAUUUCCUCACAUUUUUAACAGCCUGGGAAAAUAUAUAUCAUCUGGGUGCCAAAGAGUUAAAAAAUCAGACUGUUGGUGCCUGUGUAAAAUCCAACAUCCUAUUUCUCUUCAGUGCAAAUGUAGGAGAAAGAAAGAAUCAGCCAUACAGUGAGUAGAUUGUGCUCAUAGAUAUAUCUCUACAAUGUUCUCAGGGUGACUAUCUGACCAUGAUAAACACAUUUGUUCAUUUACCUCUACAAUGGAGCACUAUCAGACUAUGUACAAAGUGUAUUGGGGUGAAGAGUAGUCAGGGUUAUUGGUGUGUAAUCCAGAAAGUGGUGAGAGAUAAUACUUUUGUGCAGUUUAUAAAAGCAAAUAGAUCCCUUAUAUCUGAAUUAUUGUUGUCAGUGCGGCAGAAAGGUGUCAUUGCAGUUUAAGAUGUUGGCUUAGGGUCCUUUAGGUUAAUGCACAGAACUUGAUUGGAUAGAAAGGACGUUCAUAUUCAAAUGGACACUCCCAACAUGGACCAACAUCUUUCAUCGUUAGGUAUAGCACAAUGAAAAGAAAAGGCUGAUGUGUAACCAUAGUAGAAAUUGAGAAUUUUUUAGCAUUGUAGCAGUAGUUGUGUUAUGAUUUUACACCUUCCCCAAUAAACAGCCAGUGACAAUCAUUUUAAACCUACUAAGAAAUAUCCUUUAACUCCAGGAAUGGCCCUUUCUAUCCCAUCUGAUUCCAUGGAUGUUCACUCCAAACCUUUUUUUUUGUCAGGAACCCUGCUUCCGGAUGUGCAUUUACAUUUUGGAAUCCCCAAUUUUGAAGGAAGGCACUUUAUAUACAGAUUGGUGACAAAUUGAAGGAAAGAAAUGAGUAUAUGAACAGAGCAACCUAACAAAUGUUAAAGAGUAUGAGGGCGGAUAAAAGCAUUGAGUAUGACCAUGAUGUGAAUCAUAUGCUAUGGCCUUCGCAGUCACCAGAGCUCAGCUGAACACCCCUGGGAGAUGUUGGAUGGGCGUGUUACACAUUAUUCUCUAUUAUUCAUCACUUGACACCAAAUGAGGGAAACCUUUAGAAGAAUGGUGUAAACCCUCCUGUUGAGCUCAUGACGCUUAUAGAAGCUGUUCUGGAGGCUUGUGGUGGCCCGAGACACUUUAUAUUGGGUUUCCUUCUCAUUUGUCACCCAAUUGUGUGUGUGCACGUGUAUAUAUUUGAAUCCACGCUCACACACACAUGCAAAUGAUAUCUCAAAAUGUACUCAUGUUUGCCAUUUGUUUAGAUGGUAGUGUUAUUGUGAAGGGUAACUCACCAGAGAUGCUGCAUUGUUCUAUGAGAGUGCAUAUAUCAAGUUUCUGUUGAGAGGAGCAUGAUCUUUUUGUGAUUUCUGAAUCUAGUAUUACAUAUAUGGUGUUGUACAGUAUUUAUUUGUCUGCUCUCUUUUUGUUUUUUAACUUUGUCGAAGCUUUGAAAUGACUCUAUACUCAACAUGGUGCACUAAUCCGACUGAAAAACGAAGGCACCCGUAUCAAAAGGGAAACCACAUGCCUCAUAUUGCUUCGUGCAGCAACAUCAAGUGUGUGUUUCAUUUUACGUUGUACUGCAGUGCUAUAUAAAUAAAAAUGU